AUGAUGCUAAGAUCGAGUUUAUUCUUUAAUUAUUGUUGGCAAACCACAUCUAAAAAUAUAAAUUUCACUCAAAGAAUAAAUGUUUUCAAGUAUCACAGUAGAGGAUACAGUUCUGCCACGCCUAACACUCAUUCUAGGCCUCGGGUUGUCGUUCUGGGUUCCGGAUGGUCCUCCAUAUUCUUCGUGAAGCACUUGAACCCGAAACAGUUCGACUUGACUGUAGUAUCGCCCAGAAACUAUUUCACUUUCACACCCCUUCUUCCUAAAAUCAUGUCCGGCAUGGCUAACACGAUCACGGCCAGCGAGCCCUUUUUAACCUUUAUGAAAAAGCGCUUCAAGGACAACUCCACGUUUGUGCACGCAAACUGCGUCGACGUGGACACUAAGUCAAACUCAGUCACCUGUGCGCCCGUGGAUGGCGCAAACACACUGUUCUCGAUCAAUUACGACUACCUCGUCAUCGGAGUCGGCUCAAAAACAAACUCCUUCGGAAUCAGAGGAGUGGAGAAGUAUGCGUUCUUCCUAAAGGAGGUGGAGCACGCUGAGAAGGUGUUUCAGAGGGUUCUGGACAAUUUCAGCGCUGCCAGCAUGCCCUUUGUGUCAGACGAGGAGAGGAGGCGUCUCCUGCACUUCGUGGUCGUGGGCGGAGGGCCGACGGGAGUGGAGUCCGCGGGAGAGCUAUCGGUGCUGAUGAACGACUAUCUGUCGAAGGUGUACCCGGAGCUGCGUCAGUUCGUAAAGGUGUCGAUUGUGGAGGGGGGCAAAAGGCUGCUCCCGACGCUCAGGGCAGAGUCCUCGGAGUACGUGUCCAGGGUGUUUGACAGAAACAACGUGAACAUGUGCUUCGGAAAGGUGGUCUGUGAGGUGAAGGAGCACUCGUGCGUGCUCAAGGAGCUGGCCACGGGCCAGACCGAGGAGAUCGGGUGCGGACUCGUGCUCUGGGCGAGCGGGCUGAAGGAGACGGAGCUGGUGUCGAAGCUCCAGAAAAAGCUCAACAUGCCCGAAAACUCACGAGCUCUGCUGGUCGACCAGUAUCUGAGGCUCCAGGGCACGGACAACGUGUUCUGCCUGGGCGACUGCUGCAGGCUGGCGCCGACGAGGCUGUCGGACAACCUGGAGGCGGUGCUGAACGCGACCGGCAGUCCCACCCUCGAGGCGCUCCUGAAGAACAGGCCGAAGCUGGCGAGGGACUUCCCGCAGGUGAGGAGAACCAAGUGGAAGUUCAAGGAGGAAAAGUUCAAGAGCGCGGUGGCGGAGAUAAUGGCCAAGUCCGAGCGCGAGGCGGGCGGGGGCGGCGCUGGAGGAGAAACGAGGGAAACGUUCCUGGAAAUCCUGAAGCACAUCGACAACACGUACACGCCGCCCUUUCCCACUGCCCAGAAUGCCAAACAGGAGGCAAUAUACCUGGCGAAGAUGUUCAACAACGGCUCCCUGCUGGGCGGCGGCAUCGCCAAGGCGGGGUUCGGCGAGCACUGGAAGGGCACGCUCGCAUCUCUCGGCGGCUACCGCGUGGUCAUGAACAGCCCCUUCGUCAACCUGAACGGCGGCCUCCUGCCCUUCUUUUUCUGGAACAGCAUUUACCUCAUUCUGUUCACGAGCUGCAAGAUGCGCGCGCUCUUUAUCGUCGACCUCGUCAUGAGCUUCUUCACUAGUAGGCACAUAAUAUCUAAGAGUCACAGAAAUUAA